AUGGUGCGAACGAAGGCGAACCCGAAUGCUGAGGCUCAAGGAGAACAGGGCGGCCGUGGUAAUCCAAGAGGCGGACGAGGGGGAAAUCAAGGAAGAGGCCGUGGGAAGGGCCGUGGUGGCCGUGGUGGUCGAGGAGGUGUCGCGGGUCAUGUUGAGAUCCCCGACAUAGCUACUAUCUUUGCUGAGCAGUUGACCGCUUCCAUGCCAACUAUUGUGGCACAAGUCACUGCUGCCAUGGGUAGAACUCAGGACCAGCCUCAGGGAGGAGCACCAGAAGCUGUACAAGAACCAGUGGCGGUUGAACCAGAGGGAGCUAAUCCAGAGUAG